CCGUCCUCAAAAACUUUACUGGGAGGCUUGCUUGGCAUAAAUUCUCAUAUUGCUAAAACGUUGAAUGCGCAAACUCAUGAGCUUCUGUAAAUUAGCUAGCUGAAUUAGUUGAUCUAUAGAUGCAGGAUAAACCAGUAUAGUCAAAGAGUUUGCCAUGGACGCUCAGAACAAGCCUCAGAUUUUAGAACACCUGCACAAAAGCCUAACGGUUACCCUUUAUGAUUGCAAAUGGAUACCAGGGAGCGCCAAGUUUGUAACGCUGGGCUCCUAUGCACGGAACACAGGAUGCCUUCAGGUGUACGAAUUGGAUGGCCCUGAGCUCAAAACGGUCAAGGAGAGCGAGAAGAAGCUGUCGUUCAAGUGCGGGACAUUUGGGGCGUCGUCGCUCGCCGAGCGGCGCCUGGCCACGGGCAACUUCGGCGGCGAGGUGCAGAUUUGGGACCUUGAAAACACAGCGCAGCCGGUGUUCUCUGCGCAGGCUCACCAGUCCAUUGUAAACGCAAUCGACGGUUGCGGCGGCCAGGCCAAGGGCUACGGCGCACCUGAGCUCGCCACAUGCGGGCGGGACGGUUGCGUGCGCGUGUGGGAUGUGAGGCAGCAUGAUGCCCCCGUCGCCGCGUUUGAGCCGGCAGACCCCAAUAACAUAAGGGACUGCUGGUGCGUUUCCUUCGGGAAUUCGUACAACGAUGAGGAGCGCUGCGUGCUGGCGGGAUACGACAACGGGGACGUGAAGAUGUUCGAUUUACGCAUGAACAAGGUGCGCUGGGAGACCAAUGUCAAGAACGGCGUCUGCGGCGUGCAGUUUGACCGCAAGGACAUCGCCAUGAACAAGUUUGUGGUCACCUGCCUGGAGGCGCAGUUCCAUGUCUUCGACGCGCGCACGCAGCACCCCAAAAAGGGGUUCGCAUGCGUGUCAGAGAAGAUCACCGCCGGCGCCACGGUGUGGGGGUGCCACCAUUUGCCACAAAACCGGGAAGUGUUUAUGGUGGCAGCGGGUGACGGCAACCUGUACCUGUACAAGUACCACUACCCAGACCAGCGGAAAGUCAAGGACCACGAUGGCUUGGAUCUGGGGGUGGCGGGCUCCGUGGAGAUGCUCAAUUACAAGAACCUCAGCACGCAGCCCAUCUCCGGAUUCGAUUGGAGUUCCGACAAGGAGGGCCUCUUUGCGUGCGUCGCCUUCGAUCAGUGCGUGCGUGUGGGCAUCACCACCAAGCUCAAUAAGGCGUAG